AUGCAGGCUUGGGCUGCUCAGGGUGAAGGUGAUAGGUGGGGAAGGCAGGUGGAGAAUUGGGCCCGUGACCUCAUUGCAAAGGCGCCUGGGCGGGAGGGGGGGGGUACCCUGGCCUAUAAAGCCCCCGAGGCUCUGUGGCUGGCAGAGGCUAUUACACACGGCACCAUGGCAGCUUCAGAGGCUGUGCAGAGAGCCACGGAGCUUAUUGAGCAGCGGCUGGCGCAGGAGGAGGAGAAUGAGAAGCUCCAAGGAGCUGCCUGCCAGAAGGUGGCCAUGGACAUGCUGGUGCUGGAGGAUGAGAAGCAGCACGGGGCACAGAGUCUCGCCUUACACCAGGUUAAGGGCCAAGAGCGGGUGCGCAAGACGUCCCUGGACCUGCGGAGGGAGAUCAUCGACGUGGGUGGGAUCCAAAACCUCAUCGAGCUGCGGAAGAAGCGCAAGCAGAAGAAGCGGGAGGCCUUGGCUGCCGCCCAGGAGCCGCCCGCUGAGCCCGAGGAGAUCGCUGGCCCCGUGGACGAGGAGAUGUUCCUGAAAGCGGCAGUGGAGGGGAAGCUGAAGGUCGUGGAGAAGUUCCUGGCCGAUGGGGGUCCCGUGGACACCUGUGAUCAGUUCCGCAGGACAGCCCUGCACCGAGCUUCCCUGGAGGGCCACAUGGAGAUCCUGGAGAAGCUCCUGGAGAGUGGGGCCACUGUGGACUUCCAGGACAGGCUGGAUUGCACAGCCAUGCAUUGGGCCUGCCGAGGGGGCCACUUAGAGGUGGUGAAACUCCUGCAAAGCCGAGGAGCAGACACCAACGUGAGGGAUAAGCUGCUGAGCACUCCGCUGCAUGUGGCGGUUCGGACGGGGCACGUGGAGGUUGUGGAGUACUUUCUAUCGCUGGGCCUGGAUAUCAAUGCCAAAGACAGAGAAGGGGACAGCGCCCUGCAUGAUGCAGUGAGGCUCAACCGCUACAAAAUCAUCAAACUGCUGCUCCUGCAUGGGGCUGACAUGAUGACCAAAAACCUGGCAGGGAAGACCCCCACAGAUCUGGUGCAGCUGUGGCAAGCUGACACCCGGCAAGCUCUGGAGCAUCCUGAGCCAGAGGCAGAGCAGAAUGGGCUGGUGGGGCCUGCUGAGAGUGGGCAGGAGACCCCCCAACCUGAGCCAGCCCAGUAAGGCCCACUCCAGGCCAGCCAGGCACCCUCCCCAGCCCCUGCAUCAGCCAGAGAGACACAAGAAAGGGCCUGUGUGUGACCUGAGAGGCCCCUCCCUGCCCAGCUACUAAAAUUAA